UUUCAGUCUCCUCCGAAACGAAUUCGCCGUAAAACUUGCAGAGUCGUCGUCGUCGUCGUUGUCUAUCUUUUUAGCUGUUACUCGAUCAGUUUUCUGAUAAUGGCGUUGAACACCGGAAUCAGAUCGAUCUCAAAGAUCAUAGCUUCAUCCGAGUCAUCAGUCUCCAGAUCUGUGAGCAGAAGCUUCCACUCGACUGGAGCUAAGAAGAUGAGCGGAGGGCAUGGCCAUGACGAGCCAUACUACCUCCACGCAAAGCACAUGUACAAUUUGGACCGCAUGAAAUACCAAGGACUCAAGAUGUCUCUCGGUGUCUUCACAGCUUUCAGCUUCGGUGUUGGAGUUCCUAUCUUUGCUGUUGUCUUCCAGCAAAGGAAGACCGCAUCUGGUUGAGUUGAGUCUCUCUUCUCAGCUUGAAUAAUAGUUGUAUGUGAAUUUUCAAACUCUGCCUCUGCAAGGAAAGUUUCUUGCUUCUUUUUUUUUAUCUUAGCCCCAAGUCUUAUCGUUAUAAAAGUAUAUUAUUCAUCUUCUUUUGCUGGCUGUUUGAUGCUGGAAUAAUGAUAUUUUUUUCCAACUUUGAUUGGAAUUGGAAGUUAUUGUUCGAAUAUUUUUUCA